AUGUCUACUGCACUUGGUUCUCCCGAACCAUCCGCUCCUUCUGUCUACCCGAUGUCUGACAACCUCCCGGAAUCGCGCUCAUCCGUACUGGUUUCUCCUUCUGCAGUAGAUAUGAAGGACGUCUCGAACUCUUCCUCCAAAGCCGCCCGCCUGUCCGCCUACCCCAAGAAACGCCCCUCGCCCCAUGGUGUUUCAAAGUCCCGCAAACACUCCCCGCUCUAUCCUCCACAGGCUGUUGUUCGCAAAACGCCUCGCGCUGUGAAGGCAGAGUUGCUCGCACAGCGCCAGCGUGAUGCGUACUUGACUGCACUGCGUAGGGAGGGUAUUUACCUGGAAGAAGAGUAUCGAGAUGAGAUUCAAUUUUACAUGCAUGAAAUGGAGCGGUACACCAUGUCCUCCACCACAUCAAUGGACCAGCAGCCUGAGAUUAGGUGGCACAUGCGCCCGUGUCUCGUCGACUUCCUCGUCGAGAUCCAUUUCACCUUCCGUCUCCGCCCGGAGACACUCUAUCUCACGUUAAACAUCAUUGAUCGUUAUGUAUCAAGACGCAUUGUGUACGUCAAGCACUAUCAACUUGUCGGCUGCGCGGCCCUUUGGAUCGCCGCUAAAUUCGAGGAUGCGAAAGAACGGGUACCGACCGUUCAGGACCUCGCACAGAUUUGUCGGGAUACGUACGACGAGUCCGCAUUCAUCCAGAUGGAGGGACACGUCCUGUCAACCAUUCAAUGGACCCUUGGACACCCGACGGCUGAAGCGUGGCUUCGACUGAUGUGUUGCGGCGCGUACGUGGAGGAAGCGAAGGUCCAGCAUGUUGCGCGAUUUCUCAUGGAAAUCACACUGUUCUACCGGGAAUUCGUCCAGUAUACUCCUUCCGCCAUCGCUUUGGGAUCUCUAACUCUGGCGCGUUACCUUUGUGGCAAGGGUCGUCACCUGUUUGAAGAAACUGAAGAAUGCUUAGAGAUUGUUGAGCUCCUCGACUCUCGAUUGUCUAAACAUGUCAACGAUCUCUCUGAGACUUUGGUCAAGAAGUAUUCAUAUGCAUUCUAUUCCAAAGCGGCGACAUUCGUUGUGCAAUACUAUCUUCAAGGGGGCCGAUUCAACCGUCAAUCCCUUGCACCCCUACCUAUGACACCGGUCCGCUCGUACUCGCCCAAGGUUCAUACCCCGAUGAGUGUUUCGACUACGGCAUCGGAUCUCUCAGACGACAUGCCUGCAACACCAACCAGCCCAACACCUUACUCGAGUGAUUUAUUCUCGGGCUCGUACUUGUCGGACGACAAAGAGAAUAUGGGAUCUCCGACCUUUGAGCCUGUGAUCAACAAGCAGCGCUUGGAGCUAACGCCCGAGCAAUAUCUGCCUCACGACUUUGUAACAUUCGGUCGCCCAGCUCUACACAGCUUGAACGUCCCGUCUCCUCGUCAGGCGGUGGUUUCAUGA